AUGGAAAUCACGUCUGAGAAGACCGAGGCGGCAGGUGCCUCAGCACUAGCCCUGCACGACUACUGCGGCAACGUGACUGCACCUGUGGAAGACAUGGAGUCUGCAGCCACGAAGAACUCCCGUCCUUUACCCGAGACACCAACCAAGCCUGCAGUUGACGCGAAGAAAAUGAAAAUACGUGAGUCCACAGUUGAUACUGAAACCGAGGUAUCCAAUGCUACCAUACUGGCUGCAGUAAACAACCUCUAUGCCAUGCUAAAAGAAAUGAACUUGCAACUGAAAGAAAACACCACAAUGAUAUCAGAAGUAACUAAAAGUGUUGAAUUUAAUGCUAAAGAAAUCGAAAUAUGCAAAGCAGAAAACGUUGCUGUUCAAAAACAGAUUACAAAUUUGGCAAAAGAAAACGCCGACCUCCGAGAGAGGGUUUUGGAGUUGGCGCGUUAUAAGCGUCGUUGGAAUCUGAAACUACGCGGGCUAAAGGAAAAGGACAACGAAGACACUCGUGAACAGGUGUCCCACAUCAUCAUGCAGAUCAUUCCAGAAUGGAAGGAAAAAAUCAACUUUGUCAUCGACUCGGUGCACCGCUUGGGCCAAAAGCAGAAGAACAAAAACAGGCACAUCAUCAUACAAUUCACAAUGCGACACUUCAGGGAUGAGCUGUGGCGCCUCUCAAAAGGCUCUGCAGUGUGCUCGAAGCUCAGCAUCGCGUUCGCUGAACACCUUCUCCCGGAGGACAAGGAGGCGAGAGAGGCUGUGUGGCCAAAGAUCAAGGCAGCAAGAGAAGCUGGUCAGCGAGCCUACUACAAAGGUCCGAUUGGCUACAUAAACGGGAGUGCCAUUGAGGUCACCGAACUGUAUGGGGAGUACAGGGAACACCCCGGAGGGUCCUGUCAACGAGAGGCUGGUCGCCUACUGACAGAGAAACAGACAAGGAAACAUCAUCAUUAUGGACGCCAGCACCAUAGUCAUCAUGGACACCAUCGGCGCAGUCACAGCCACCGCAGCCGACACCACAUGGACCCGGACUCAGGACAUGAUAGAGAAGAAUCAGAGAAGAGGCACACAUCCUCCCUGAAGAAACAACCCUCCUACUCCAAGUGUAAAGACUGUGUGAUACGUGUACAGAAGUUCAUAGUAAAUAAACUGGGAGAAGACUGGAUCUUUCUAGUGCUCCUGGGUAUCUCCAUGGCAUUAGUCAGUUGGACCAUGGACUAUACCAGUGCCAAGGGCCUCCAAGCAUAUAAGUGGAUAUAUGAAAAGCUGAGGGGUAAUGUCCCACUGCAGUACUUGGUUUGGGUCAUCUAUCCAAUGAUGCUCAUCUUGUUCGCCUCCUUCUUCUGCAACCUGGUUGCUCCACAAGCCAUCGGUUCUGGUAUCCCUGAGAUGAAAACGAUCCUUAGAGGUGUUGUGUUGAAAGAGUACCUGACAGUUAAAGCUUUUGCAGCAAAAGCAGUUGGCCUUACUGCUGGACUAGGAAGUGGAAUGCCAGUAGGCAAAGAGGGUCCUUUUGUACACAUAGCCAGCAUUUGUGCUGCUGUGCUCAGCAAGUUUAUGUCCAUUUUUUCUGGGGUCUAUCAGAGCCCAUAUUGCUACACAGAUAUUCUCACAGUCGGUUGUGCUGUGGGGGUAGGCUGUUGCUUUGGCACCCCACUUGGAGGAGUGCUGUUCAGCAUUGAGGUAACAUCAACUUUCUUUGCAGUGAGGAACUAUUGGAGGGGGUACUUUGCUGCCACAUUUAGUGCCUUCAUAUUCAGGGUGCUUUCAGUAUUCAAUAAAGAUUCAGUAACCAUCACUGCUCUGUUCCGCACCAAGUUCCGCAUGGACUUCCCCUUUGACCUGCAGGAGCUGCCAGCAUUCGCCAUCAUUGGCAUUUUUUGUGGGUUUCUUGGAGCUUUCUUCGUCUACUUGAACCGGCAGGUUGUCCUGUUCAUGAGAAGACCCAAUCUGCUAACACGGUUUCUUACCAAACACCGUCUAAUUUACCCAGGUGUUGUAACUUUUGUGAUCACAACACUGACAUUCCCUCCAGGUUUUGGACAGUUCAUGGCAGGAGAGCUAAUGCCCAGAGAGGCUAUAAACUCUUUCUUUGAUAACUUCACCUGGACCAAAAUCUGGGGUGCUCCUGUUCCACCUGGUCUGGGACGAUCUUCUGCCUGGCUUCAUCCGGAUGUCAAUGUAUUUAUCAUACUAGGUCUCUUCUUCAUCAUGAAGUUUUGGAUGUCAGCGGUUUCAACAACAAUGCCCAUCCCCUCUGGAGCCUUCAUGCCUGUGUUUGUACUUGGUGCAGCAUUUGGUCGUCUAGUGGGGGAAAUCAUGGCCACCCUAUUUCCUCAUGGCAUUCUGUUUGAUGGCAUCCUCUACCGGAUCAUUCCUGGAGGGUAUGCUGUCAUUGGUGCUGCAGCAUUGACAGGGGCUGUCACUCAUACAGUCUCUACUGCUGUUAUUUGUUUCGAGCUGACUGGUCAGAUCUCCCAUAUUCUGCCCAUGAUGGUAGCAGUUAUCCUGGCCAACAUGGUGGCACAAGGACUUCAACCCUCACUCUAUGACUCCAUCAUCCAGGUCAAGAAGUUGCCCUACCUCCCAGAGCUAGGCUUUGGUCAUAUCAGUCAAUAUAACAUCUUUGUUGAAGAUAUCAUGGUGAGAAAAGUGAAAUAUCUGUGCUCACAGUCCACGUACCGAGAAGUGCUACAUCUACUUGACUCCACUUCCCUCAAAAAUUUCCCUCUGGUGGAUUCAAAAGAAUCAAUGAUCCUCUUGGGAAGCAUUGAGCGGUCUGAGCUUCUUGCCCUCUGUGAUUGGUGGCUAUCAGCAGAGCGACGGAUCCUGACACAGGGAGAGGGUUUGCAAGGCCAAGGGUUAUAUGCCAGCUGGGAAUCCAUUGCCUUUGUGGAUGAAGAAGGAGAAGACAGCGGUGGUGAAAAGAGCAUACCAGUGCUGGAAGAAAGGAAUGGCCCUUUACCUUCACCCAAACAGCCAGAACCCACCACAAAUCAUACCCCUCCUGCUAAAGGUCCCCUCCAGUCUUUCAGGAGAACUUUACACAACCUUUUCUCCUCCUCUUCAGAAAGACCAGUAGAGGAGCAGUCAAAGGAGCCAGAUCCUCCACCCCUCACUGAUACAAUGACAGCUGAAGAGGUUAAAGCAUGGGCGGAUUCAGAGAUAGAUAAGCCACUCGAAUUUGAACGGGUGAAGAUAGACCCAUCUCCUUUUCAGCUGGUGGAGAGAACAUCACUACACAAGACUCAUACAUUGUUCUCCCUACUGGGCCUUAGUCAUGCCUAUGUAACAAGCAUAGGCAAGUUAGUGGGAGUUGUAGCACUAAAAGAGCUUCAGAAAGCUAUUGAGGGCUCAACACGGAGUGGUGUCCGUUUACGUCCCCCUCUGGCCAGUUUCCGUGACACCAUUCGUAAGUACUCCAAGCCAACCCAGGCCUCCUCGGCCCCAGCUUCCCCAGUGUCUUCCUCUGCCCCCGACUCCUACCAGCUUUCAUCCCCAGUGGUCCCCGCAGUUCCCAUGGCCCCUGUCCAACAGCAGGAGGCAGAAGUGUGGAUUGAAGGAGUAACGCGGGAGAUAGUGGUAAAUACCAGCAGCUCCACUACAGAAAGCAGCAGCAGUGGAAGAAGUAGUCCUCAGACAGGAAGUAGUAUUAGCAAGGAAGAAAGUCUCAAUGGCAGCCCACCUCAAACUCCUUCCUCUCAUCCCAUUAUAUCGCUCUCAUCUCUGAAACCUCCCCCUGAGGACAAAAAAGAGGUUGAUCAAGAAAGCGAUGAUGAGGAACCCCUUUAA